CGAAACGACCGGCCUCGGCAAACAUCGUCAUUUGUCGUGAGCUCAUACUCAGUCAAGGAUGGAGGAAGAGGCUCGCAAGCUCCUCGAAGAAGGAAUACUAAAGAAACUGCUCAGUCCUGGUAAUGAAGAGUUAUCGGACUUCCCCAAUGGAACCAAGGUGGUCUUCCAUUACCGCACCAGCCUAUGUGAUGGCACAGUACUGGAUGACUCCAGGACCAUGGGGGGCCACGGCAAACCCAUGGAGCUCAUCUUGGGCAAGAAGUUUAAACUACCUGUGUGGGAAAGAGUUGUCAUCACCAUGAGAAGAGGCGAAGUUUCUGAAUUUACUUGUGACACUAAGCACACAUCACUGUACCCGCUCGUGUCCCAGUCCCUGAGAAACAUAAGUGCUGGCAAGGAUCCACUGGAAGGCCAAAGGCACUGCUGUGGCAUUGCCCAGAUCCACUCCCACCACUCUCUAGGGCACAAAGACCUGGAUGAGCUUCAGGCCAAUCCACAGCCUCUUGUCUUCACAAUUGAACUCCUGGAGGUACUGCGUCCAGGAUCGUUCCAGCUUGAUGUGUGGGCUAUGACAGAUGAAGAGAAACUAAGACUUGUGCCUGAGAUCCACGAGGAGGGCAACCUGCUUUUCAAACAGGGCAAAAUUUCAGAGGCCACAGAGAAGUACUACAAUGGUGUCGCCUGCCUCAAAAAUCUACAGAUGAAGGAGCAGCCUGGAGAUGAAGCAUGGAUAAAGUUGGACCAUAUGAUCACACCAUUGCUCCUCAACUACUGCCAGUGCAAGCUUCUCCAGGGCCAGUACUAUGAAGUCAUCGAACACUGCACGUCCCUGCUCUUCAAAUAUGAGAACAAUGUGAAGGCCUACUACAAGCGGGCUAAGGCCCACGCUGCAGUGUGGAAUGAGAGGGAGGCACGGGCGGACUUUGCGAAGGUGUUGGCUCUGGACCCCUCCCUGGAGAUGUCUGUUGCCAAGGAACUGAGGAUCAUGGAGGAGAAGAUUCGGGUUAAAGAAAAGGAAGAAAAGGGUCGCUACAAAGGCCUAUUCAGCACACCGCCUGCCACUGCCACUACCGGUUGAAUCUCUCACUGGGUUGAAACAAUUAGAGGAUGCCUAUGAAUUUCAAGAUGGAGGAGAAAACAUAGACACUGCUGGUGUUUCAGUCUUUAUCCAUGCUCCCAAGCCAAACACUCUGCCCUCCACGGUACACGCAGAAACAUCUCACACAUUGUCAGGUCAAACAGACAAACGCACCCACAAGCCAUCCAAGGUGCUUUUUUAAUUCCUGCCUUAUUGCAAACCCCCCUCUCUAAAGGUGACAUUCAGUAUAAGUCCAGGAUCCUAUAGAGAACUUAUCUGUCCUGACUAGAAGCACCAUU